AUGAGCACCAGCGAGGCUGCCACCGUCCUCCCCGUUUACGACGUCGCCCCCGGCCAGGGCGAGCCCUCCAAGGCCCCAGGGGCGGCGGCCCCCUCCGCGCCUCCGGCUGCCCCGACCGCGGCCACCAAGACAACGGCGCGCAGUUUUCCCAUGCGGUUGUUCCACCGGAGCGACCGCGGCAGCCGUUGCAUGGCAUUCCUGGACUUCCUGCUGCGGAUCGCGGCGUUCGGACCCCUGCUCGCGGCGGCCAUCGCCACGGGCACGUCCGACGAGACGCUCUCCGUCUUCACCGAGUUCUACCAGUUCCGCGCCCGAUUCGACGACUUCCCGGCAUUCCUGUUUCUCCUGGUGGCGAGCGCGGUGGCAGCGGGAUACCUGGUGCUGUCCCUCCCGUUCUCCGCCGUCAUCGUACUGCGUCCUCAGACCACCAUACUGAGGUUUCUCUUGCUCGUCAGCGACACGAUCGUGCUCGCGCUGCUGACGGCUGCGGCGGCGGCGGCGACCGCGAUCGUGGCCCUGGCGCACAACGGGAGCGAGCGCGCCAACUGGGUGCCCAUCUGCAUGCAGUUCCAUGGCUUCUGCCAGCGCACCAGCGGCGCCGUCGUCGCCUCCUUCCUCUCCGUCUUCAUCUUCGUGCUCCUCGUCGUCCUCGCCGCCUUCGCCAUCAGGAAACGCUGA